ACGUGUCCAUUCUUUAUGUACAGAAGGGAUCCGUGCGGCUGAAUAGAAGAUUAGAACGAUCAGGGUUUCAGAGAAAGAAACAACAUGUGAGGGAGUUCAGCUGCGGGAUGCUGUACUAUAGGACCCUGUAUCUAGACAGCAAGAGGGACGCCCUGUACGUCGGCGCGAUGGACAAGGUGUUCAGGCUGAAUUUGAGCAACAUCAGCCAUUCCAACUGCGAGAGGGAUGCGCUUAAUCUGGAGCCGAGCAACGUGGCAAAUUGUGUGUCCAAAGGGAAAUCAGAGCACUUUGACUGCCGGAAUCACAUAAGGGUGAUCCAGCCAAUGGGGGACGGCAAUCGGCUCUACAUGUGCGGCACGAACGCUCACUCGCCCAAGGAUUGGGUGAUUUAUAGCAAUCUGACCCACUUGCCGCGGCACGAGUUCGUCCCUGGGGUGGGAAUGGGCAUAGCAAAGUGUCCUUACGAUCCAGCGGACAACUCGACAGCCGUGUGGGUGGAAAAGGGCAAUCCUGGGGACCUGCCAGCUCUUUAUUCCGGCACCAACGCCGAAUUCACAAAGGCCGAUACCGUAAUCUUCCGCACGGAUCUGUACAAUUUAACCACCGGUCGCAAGGCGUUCAGCUUUAAGAGGACGCUCAAGUACGACUCGAAAUGGCUGGACAAACCCAAUUUCGUGGGAUCUUACGACAUCGGUAGCCAUGUGUUCUUCUUUUUCCGCGAGACCGCGGUGGAAUAUAUAAAUUGCGGGAAGAGCGUGUAUUCUCGAGUGGCCAGAGUUUGCAAACGUGAUACCGGCGGCAAGAAUAUUCUAUCGCAAAAUUGGUCGACGUAUCUAAAGGCCAGACUGAACUGCUCGAUACCGGGCGAGUUUCCGUUCUACUUCAAUGAGAUACAGAGUAUUUACAAGGUGCCAGGGGACGAUACCCACUUUUACGGCACGUUCACCACGUCGACGAAUGGAUUAAUGGGUUCGGCAAUCUGCUCGUUCCACAUCGACGCGAUUCAGGAGGCGUUCCGUGGAAAAUUCAAGGAACAGGCGACGAGCAGCAGCGCUUGGCUUCCGGUGUUAUCCAACAAAGUUCCUGACCCGCGGCCGGGUCAAUGCGUGAACGACACGGAAACGUUCCCUGACACGGUGCUCAACUUCAUACGAUCACACCCGCUGAUGGACUCGGCCAUAUCGCACGAGAACGAGAAGCCCGUCUUCUAUAAACGCGACGUGAUGCUCACGCGGCUGGUCGUCGAUAAGCUCAGGAUCGAUUUCGUCGGGCUUGAUCUCGACUACACGGUCUACUACGCUGGAUCCAGUGACGGACGCGUGCAUAAAGUUGUCCAAUGGAUAGAUAACAACGGCGAAUCCCAGUCCAUCCUGCUGGACGUUUUCGACGUAACACCUGGCGAGCCAAUUCAGGCGAUGGAAAUUUCAAAGGAGCACAAGGCUCUGUAUGUGGCAUCCGAUCACCGAAUAAAGCAAAUCGAUUUAGUGAUGUGUACCCGAAGAUAUGACAACUGUCUUCGUUGUGUCCACGACCCUUACUGUGGCUGGGACAAGGACACAAACAUGUGCAAGCCAUACGAACCUGGAUUGCUUCAGGACGUGUCGAACAGCACGGCGGACGUUUGCGACAGUAGUGUGGGCAAGCGGAAGCUGAUAGUCACCUGGGGUCAGUCGGUGCAUCUCGGUUGCUUCGUAAAGAUGCCGGAGGUGUUGGCCAAUCAGGAAGUCAGGUGGUACCACUACAGUAAGGAAAAGGGCAGGUAUCAGAUUGCGUAUAAGUACGGCGCCGGUGGUGACAAAUUCAUCGAGACAUCCGAGAAGGGUCUGGUGAUCGUCGGCGUGAACGAACAAGACGCUGGCAGAUACGAUUGCUGGCUGGGCGGUUCGCUGCUCUGCUCGUACAACAUAACCGUGGACGCGCACCGAUGCUCGGCGCCGGCCAAGUCCAACGACUAUCAGAAGAUAUACUCGGACUGGUGUCAUGAAUUCGAAAAAUACAAGUCGGCCAUGAAGAGCUGGGAGAGGAAACAAGCGCAAUGCGCCUCGAGACAGAAUGACAGCAAUCAAAAUCUGCACACUAACGAGGUAUACGGGACCCCUUUGGUCUGAUGGAACCGAUCGUUGGAGCCUUCGUCAAACCGAGACACCGACGCGAAGACACAUAUAAACGCACUACCCAAGAAUCGCGGUCCAUCGACAAUCAGUUGGUCGAGUCUCACCCUCCUGCUGACAGGUUACACCACUGCCUUCGUCUUUCUUUCUAACGACGAUUUUUCGACCAAGUGAGAAUCGAGAAACUCGCAAAAAGCGAAUCGAACGUUGAUCACCGCGAUUUUUUUUUUAACCUUCGAUCGGUUCGACUAGCCUCGUCCCGAUCACUUCUACCUUCGCCUAGGACAUUUUUUUCGACGGACACUCAAGCCGAGGAAAGUAACUGUUCAUAGAUUCUAAAAUGGUUCGCGUUUAAUCGAGUGCAACAUGACUGUCCACGGUGUUCAUCGUGUCAUUGUUCACAAAUAAAUAAGAAACGAACAGCUGCCAUUAAAAAAAACAAAAACAUAUUCCAUUUGCCAUAGUGCGCGUGUACGGCACUCUCAAAGAUCCGGUUUUGUUCUCGGUGGUCUAUUCUUCCCACGAACGCUUCGCAUCUAAAUACAUAAUGUACACGUGGAAAAAAAGAGACGCGUCUGACGAAAGGGAAAACGAGAAUACGCGACGCGACGAUCCAACGCUUUCGAGAGAAGUGCGAUUACGUGCGACCGGAAGUGCGGAUCUGUGCUCGCCGAUGCACACAUACACGGUUCCUAAAAAAAAGAAAUUCGAUUCUCGCGGCAUGAGCCAGUUCUCCGUAAGAAGAAGAAGAAAGGGGGAUGAAAUCAGCUGGGAUGAACACAGAUGAAGAGAUUGUUUCAAAGAUCGUUCGCGGUGACAGGUGGUGAUCGGUGAUCGAAGAAACGCGGCUCGAAUCGAAAGCGUCCGUCCGCGAAGCGAGAACGUGCGUUCAGAAACCGGAAAUCAAUCCUCCUGUUUCCUUAGAUCUGUGAUACGAACGAGACGAGACGAGAAAGAAAGAGAGAGGGUGGACGUAUCUCGUCGGGUGUGGAGCGAGCCUCUUUCGGGGAAACGCGUGUUCGGUUGGCUGCUCUAUGUCGGGAAUCGCGAGAGAGGUUACAGGAGCGUACAACCGAGAGGAAGAACGGCAACGACGAGAUAAAGAGGGAAAUACAUUGUAAGUUCGAGCUUCAGCGUAGUUUUAAACGAGCCAGAAAACGACUCAAGAUCGGCACAACGAUCUUGUAUGUAAGAUGUAUUAUCGAUUUGCUAGUAAGAGAGAAAGAGAGAGAGAGAGAGAGAGAGAGAGAGAGAGAGAGAGAAUGUGGAAGAGAAUGCGUUUAAGGAAAGAACGCGACGUCGGAUGGAUAUCGGAUCGACGACGUCCUUUUCGAACGUCACGCAGGUUACAUAUGAGAUUAUUAA